AAAUAAUUAUAAUUUAACAAUAUUCACCCUCUGACUCACAUUUGUUUAUAUAAAUUCGAGUAACACAUAAUCACACACGCACGCUUAUUUAAUCAUCUCGACUUGACCUCUGUUUAAUCAUUCUCCCAGCCGAUAUCAACGUCCUUCAUUGUAAAUUGAUUGGCGCGGGGGUUGAAUAUGAUUAGCGAUGCUGAUGGAUCGUCCAGAAUUAUUUUGUCUGAGCCUACCGGAUCGACAGCUGAGGUACAUCUGUUUGGUGGGCAGGUUACUUCUUGGAAGAAUGGACAAAGAGAAGAAUUGCUCUAUAUGAGCAGCAAGUCAGUUCGGAAACCACCCAAGGGCAUGAGAGGCGGUAUACCUAUGUGCUUCCCACAGAUUGGAAAUUUGGGCCUACUGGAGCAACAUGGAUUUGCAAGGAACAGAUUGUGGUCAGUGGAUAAAGAUCCUUCACCCUUGCCUCCAGCAAGUAAUCAAUCUACAGUAGAUCUUAUAUCAAAAUCAACUGAAGAAGAUCUAAAGACUUGGCCGCAUAGAUUUGAGUUGCGGCUUCGUAUUUCUAUUACUGCUGGAAAACUCACUCUGGUCCCUCGAGUUAGGAAUGUAGAUAGCAAGGCCUUCUCAUUUAUGUUUGCGCUGCGUAAUUACUUCUCCGUAUCAGACAUCAGUGAAGUACGAGUCGAGGGACUAGAGACACUUGACUACUUAGAUAAUCUGCAGCAGGGGGAUAGGUAUACAGAACAGGCAGAUGCUAUUACCUUUGACGGCGAGAUUGAUCGAGUUUAUUUGAGUACACCAACGAAGAUUGCCAUAAUAGACCAUGAGAAGAAGAGAACUAUUGUGUUACGUAAAGAAGGCAUGGUGGAUGCAGCUGUUUGGAAUCCUUGGGACAAAAAAGCCAAGGCUCUACCAGAUAUAGGUGAUGAGGACUACAAAACAAUGUUGUGUGUGGAUUCUGCUGCUAUUGAAACACAAAUAGUUUUGAAGCCAUUUGAAGAGUGGAAGGGCCGUCAAGAGCUCUCUACAGUGUCCUCCAGUUAUUGCAGUGGGCAAUUGGAUCCUAGAAAGGUCCUUCAUGGCCUGCGUUGAUAGCAUCCAUGGCAAUAUUAUUCUAAGCUUGCCGGGGUGGAUCUAUGUACUGGCAUAGCUACCUUUGUAGUAUUCUCUAGGUAAAAUGUACUUACUAAGUUUUAAAAUGACACACAGUGUUUUAUCUCUCUUCUGUGUAAGAGUUUCUCUCUCUGAGUGGGAGCUUUUCCUGUUAUGGUCUCUAAUUACCCCUAGGUGGGUUUCCUUUUGUAA